GUGCAUGUUAUCCUUGGAAACAAGAUUUAUAUCGCAUGCCCAUAUUUUUGUCUUAGAGGUCUCUAGCUACUGUUAUAUCGCAUGCCCAUAUUUUCGUCUUAGAGGUCUCUAGCUACUGUUUACAGUUUUGCGACACAUGCUAAGAUUAAAUGUGGGACAGCAGACAGCAGACAGGUGGUCUUUAUCUGUGAAUAAGUUGUCAUUACAUGUUUGUUUUGAAGGUUAACAUAUUUCAAGGGAUCACUUUGCCGGAGGCUCCGAGAUUUGGGAAAGUUUUCGGCGGGCAGUUCAUUGCUCAGGCUGCAGCUGCUGCAUCGAAAACUGUUGACUGUCUAAAGGUUAUUCACAGUUUGCAUGUUUAUUUUCUUCUGGUUGGGGACCUUAUUAUGCCAAUUAUAUAUGAAGUUCACCGACUACGCGAUGGUAAAAAUUUUGCAACCCGCAGAGUAGAUGCAAUCCAAAAAGGAAACCUCAUCUUCACAUUGAUUGCUUCAUUUCAGACACAAGAAGAAGGAUUUGAACAUCAGGUCAUAACGAUGCCAUCUGUUCCCGCUCCAGAGACGCUUCUAUCAAUGGAACAGCUACGAGAAAGGCGCCUUAUUGAUCCUCGCCUACCCAGGGGUUAUCGGAACAAAGUGGCUACGACAAAGUUUAUUCCGUGGCCUAUAGAGAUACGAUUUUGUGAGCCUAGCAACGCCACCAAUCAGACUGAAACCCCUCCAAGUUUGAGGUAUUGGUUCAAAGCAAAAGGGAAGCUAUCAGAUGACCAGGCCUUGCAUAGAUGUGUGGUGGCAUUCGCUUCGGAUCUAAUAUUUCUGGGGACUAGCUUGAAUCCUCACCGUAGAAAGGGUCUGAAGACAUAUUCCGUUAGUCUCGACCACGCGAUGUGGUUCCACCGAAAUUUAAGAGCUGAUGACUGGAUUUUAUUUGAGAUUUUGAGUCCCAUUGCCCAUAAUGCCCGUGGCCUUGUGUCUGGACGAAUGUUUAGUAGGAAUGGGGAGCUACUCGUGACACUGACGCAGGAGGGCUUAAUUAGGAAGGCUAAACCAUCGGCUUCAGUUGCUGCAUCGAAGCUCUGAUGUCUGGGCAAGGCAUUGCACAGAUACCUGGUUCCUCUUGUUUAAUUCUAUAGGGUUUCGAAUUCGCUUUCUGUUCCGUAGUUGCAUUUCUUUGAAGCGUUGACAGGAAAAGCGUUCUAGAUGAUGCACGAGGACUGCGGGUUGGGCCUUCCUACAAACCGCAUUAAGGGUGGCGAACCUUUUCUUGUAACGGAAGUUACUGUUGGAGGCCACCGACCUCCAGGCAUCACUUGAGUUUUGCUUAGUUUCAACUCUUGAAUAUAUUAGACCUUGAAUGCGACCGAUCGAACUCAAAGGCCAAGCCCAUAUACUUGUGAUUUAACACUUGCAUUUGGCCAGAAGCGAAUCUCAUGAGAUCUGGCUUUGGGGACU